AUGCCAGUCACGCAGCUGUCGCAGCUGAAGCCGGGCCAACUCGUCUCCAUCGUCCUCAAAGCCGACCAAAGGACCGGACGACAAGUGCAAGGCACGGUCUCGCAACUGCUCACCCGCCACAACCACCCUCGAGGGAUCAAGGUCAAAUUGACCGACGGCCGUGUGGGCAGAGUCGAACAGAUUCUCACGCCAUCGCCACAGCAGCAACAACGGCAACAGCCUGUGUCGCGCACCAGUGGCAGGAUGUCGUCGAAUAACAACCCCUGGGCCAGCGCCGAGAGCCAGGGAAAUCCUUAUACUUCUCAGAACUCCCCUCCGCAACAGAACCGAGACGCAGCACAGUCCUACUACCAGUCCCGGUCUUCGCAGAGCCAGCCACAGCAGCAGUAUCCACAACAGCAACCGCAGCAACACUACCAAUCAACCGCGCCUGCACCGGCACAAGGGAUCAAUCGCUCCGAAACGGAACAGCUGCUGGCGCAGCAGAGCGACCGGGCCGAACAGGUCGAGCACAUGCAGCAGUACGAGGCGAACGCGCCGCAGACUGAGGACGACCGAAUCCAGGCGCAGCUCCAGCGUGAGUUCCCCAACAUCGACAGCAGCCUGAUCGCGGCCAUCUACAAUGAGAGGAAGAGCCAGGGCGAUCUGGGCGAGGUGCGGGAAUUGUUGCAAGAGUUGAACACUUCCUGA